AUGAGCUACAGGAGACCGUCCCAUACUCGAGUGUCACGCGCCUCCACUUCCGGCAUCAGCAAGUUCCUCAAGCAAUCCAGGCGAAAGCAGUCGGCGAGAAUCAGGAAAUGCAUGUGUCUACCGUCCAAUUACGCCCUCGUGGAAUUUCCCGUCGUCUGGUCAGAGCUCAGGGCUAACCAGCAGCUGUGUGACGGCAUCAUAAGAUGCCGGGAUCAAGUAUUCCCAGUUCAUCGCGCCAUAUUAUCCGCGGUGAGCCCCUACUUCAAGGCCCUCUUCACCAAUAGUCUGAAAGGUGGUAAAACCGAGACCACAGAAGUCGCCAUCAGUUCCGUACCCGGUGAAACUUUUAGCCUGAUCCUCGAUUACGCUUAUACGGGCACCUGCAACAUAAACGCGGAUAAUGUCGAGCAAUUAUUGCCACUCGCUGAUCAGUUCGAGGUCCUCGGAAUCGUUCAGCUCUGCUGUCAGUUUUUAUUACAGGAGCUACGACCAGAAAAUUGCUUGGGUAUUUUCAAAUUUGCACGCCACUACUUCUGCCGCGAUCUCGAGAAGCAAGGCCGUAAGUACAUACGUCACCACUUCAAGCAGAUACUGCAGGAGAGUGCAGAAUUCAAGGAUCUCCAUUACGAUGAACUGGAGGCAAUAUUGCGCGACGACGAGCUCAAUGUUAAAAGCGAAGAGAUCGUGUUUGACGCCGUCAAGACGUGGGUCGAAACUAGAGUAGAGAAGAGACGUGUUUAUUUACUGAGGUUGCUGAAAUGUAUACGUUACGGUCUCAUGAGUCAUAAGUAUUUCAUUAAUAACAUCGUCAACUGGAAGCUCGUCCAGGAGGAUGAGGCAUGUCAACAAAUACUGCUUCCCAUAAAUGCCUAUUUAACCGAACAAGAUAAAAAGCAGAAUGGCGGGGAGAUUGAUCAAAAUCCUCUUGCCAGACCUCGAAUUCCAUAUGAAAUUCUUUUUGCGAUCGGUGGCUGGAGCGCUGGUUCGCCCACCAAUUUUGUAGAGACUUACGAUACAAGAGCUGACAGAUGGUUUGUAUCAGUGAAUAUGGAUGUAACCCCGAGAACUUAUCACGGACUAUGCGCCCUGAACAAUCUUAUCUAUAUGAUCGGUGGAUUUGACGGCAAGGAGCACUUUAGUACAGUGCGAUGCUUCGAUCCGGUAACGAAAGAAUGGCGAGAACGAGCCUGCAUGUAUCAUGCCAGAUGUUACGUCAGCGUUUGCACUCACGGCGGCAAGAUUUACGCUCUUGGCGGAUACAAUGGCCGCACGAGGAUGAGUUCCGGCGAGCGAUACGAGCCGCAGAGGAACCAGUGGGAGAUGAUACCGCCGAUGCACCGGCAACGAUCGGAUGCAAGCGCAGCCGCCCUGCACGACAAGAUCUACAUCGUCGGCGGCUUCAACGGCCAGGAGGUCCUCGAUUCGGCCGAGGUCUUCGACGUCGAGACCAACCAGUGGACCAGCAUCCACUCGAUGAUCAGCCCGCGAUCCGGGGUCUCCCUCGUCGCCUUUCGCGACAGUCUCUACGCUCUCGGCGGGUUCAGCGGUGUCGCGAGAUUGAGUUCCGGAGAGCGUUACACCCCGAAUCAUUCUGACCAAUGGCACGAGAUCUCGGAAAUGUUCAGUCCACGCAGCAAUUUUGCCACGGUGAUACUCGACGAUAUGAUUUUCGUCAUCGGCGGUUAUAAUGGAACAAGUACAAUCGCGUACGUCGAAUGCUACGACGCGGAUUAUAACGAGUGGUACGACGCGUCUCCCAUGAAUCUGAGUCGAAGCGCUCUCAGCGCUUGUGUGAUAGCCGGUCUGACCAACGCGCGAGAAUACUCCUAUCUCGGCAAAGCGCAGGAUCUCGGUCAAGGGCAAGCAACAUCGAAGAAUCAGAAAAAGUCUGAUCAACCUGAUGAGGAUUCCGUCGAAACUAAUAUUAAUAUAAUCUCCGCAGAGGAAAAUGAACAGAUUGACGUAAGCGAGUCAGUACACUAAUAACAAUAAUAUCGGAAACUUCAACAAGGAAGAAGAGAUAAUGAAGAGGCGUUGUACAGAAGCCUGAUUAAACAUCGUUAAAAAUUUAAGUGUCAGUCGGCACGAGAUUGCGUCGUAUUUUACAAAUUUGGAAAUGUAAUUAAAAAACAAUAUUCUGCAUAUUUAAUGGAUCAAACAAUUUCUACAGUAUAAUCAGUAUUAGACAAUUAAUAAUAAAUCAUUA